AUGGAAAUUAAUGACAAGCCCGGACCGUCAAAUGAAUCGAACGCGCUGGACGAUGCAGUCGGAAAAUUAUUGCAAGGGUAUGAUUGGACAUUAUUACCGGUAACGUCGAGAACAGGCGGUCGGAGGAGUACUCAUGUAAAAAGGCCGAUGAAUGCCUUUAUGGUAUGGGCCCAGGCUGCAAGAAGAAGACUCGCUGAUCAGUACCCCCAGCUUCAUAAUGCCGAGUUGUCAAAAACUCUCGCUGAAAAAUUACGUAAUGCUCAUAAAAAACAACACCCACAUUACAAAUACCAACCACGUCGCAGAAAACCAAAGACUGAAGACCAAUCUCUCCCCCGAAAUACAUUGCAACCACCAACAUUAGACUCUCCCCCAGAAUGUACUUACCCGAGGAUCUACCCCGACUCCUCGAAGCCUUACGAGCGAUCUUUGGCCUACGAACCGCAAAAAGGAUUCGAAUUGCACCCGAAGUACGUCGAGAGUCUAAAGUGCACUGACCAUCAGAACUGCGGGUACGAGGGUCCCAAGUACGAGCUCUCCAAAAAUUACCCCGAGGCUUCCAGGCACCCCGAGCUCCAGAAAAACUACGAGGAGAUCUCCAAGUUCCCGGAGAUGAAAGUUUCCGGAUAUUCGGAGGCCUUCAAGUACCCAGAAGUCGCAAACACCCAGAAGUCUUACCCUUGUAUGCACAGUCAGUACUAUUCAGCGCCGGACUCUUACACAGUUCAUGAAGAUACUGACUAUCAGGGACAAAGUAUGCCCGCGCACUCGGCAGCCGCCUUGUCGAAACGUUUCCAAAAAAAAAAAAAACAGAAUAAAUGUUAA